AUGAGCGCGAUCAGCCAGCAGAAGCACCUGCAAAAUUAUUCAGUGAAAACAUCGAGUCCGAACGUCAAGUUUAACCCAAAAAACUUCAAGACACAGUUUUAUUCGGAGUACAAAAGAUAUUGCGGGCUUGACCAAUUUAUUUCUCCAAAAAUUCCCGUCAUGGAUAUCGUCAAUAAAAAAUUGCAGAGUAUAUCGAAAGGAAGUUGCAGAGUUGAAGAAGAGAGUGAACUCAUAGGAAUGCUGUCUAAACAACUGUAUCUCGCUGGCAAUCAAAUGCAGAGAAUGCAGACAGUGCUGAAAAAAGCUGAGGAGAGAUUGAAAUCAAAGGAGCAGGAGAUUGAACGAUUAAAAAGAAAAGUGAGAGAGUGGGAGGUGAAAACCCGAAAUCAGGAGUCACAUUACAAGCGAGAAAUGCAAAAACGUCAGUCACAGAUUGACAACGCCGAGCAAAUCCAAAAACGUUGCAUGAGAUUCGAAGCGAGAGUCGGUGAAAUGGAGAAAUUCCUGGCGGAUUAUGGGCUAAUCUGGGUGGGGGAUAAUCUAUCGAAAUCCGGCUCGAAGACCCUCCAACAAGCCUCCAAUGAUUUCAUAACGAGCAAUUAUGCCCUGUUGAUGGGGAAUAUUAAGGAGCUGAAUUUAUCGGUCGGGAAGGAUGAGGUGCAGGUGCAUCAUAACCACGGUUUAGCUUCAUUCAAAUCGCCAUCCUGCAUGACUCUGAAAUUCUACAAAAACGGAAUUAUCGUACAGAAAGGUCGCUUGCGUCCAUACACCGAUCCCCAGACGCGAUCAUUUAUCCAAGAUAUCCUAGACGGUUAUUUUCCAAGCGAGCUCCAGCGUGAUUACCCCAAUGGCGUGCCAUUCAAGGUAGAGGAUCACAAGACGGAAAUGUAUCUCGGUGAAGGUGCUGUUUACCCAGGUCAUGGCUAUCAGCUCGGUAAAGUAUCCCAAAUUCGUUCAUCGGGUUCGUGCAAAGUUAAGGAUCAUGAUUAUUCACCCAAGAGAGUGCAAACACCGAAGCAGAGGAUUAACUCUAGCUCUAGUAUUCCGAGAAUGUCUUUCAGCGCUAGGCCCAGUAAUGUGGAGUCAACGAUUAGAGCUCCUAAAAUCCCCUCGAGUGCUAGAUUGGGAGAAUCUGAUUUAUCCGACCUGCGCUCUCAAAUUUUGGCAUCGCACAAUCACAAUUGCUCGGACAGUCAUCUCCAGUCCCACAUAAAUGCUGAACUUGCGCUGACAAGUAGAUCUGACAAAAAAGCUUCGUUGGUCCCUAACAAUAACGAGUGUCACCUACACGUUCGCGAACAGUCGAAGUAUUUGCAUCAAGUACCCGAUGCCGCGAAGAACCUUAGAUUCAGCAGCUAUCGUUCGGCCUUCAACACCUCGUUCAGCGUUAGAAGUGAUUUUAGAACUCGCGCGAGAUCUGCAAGUGUCACAGGCAGCAGAUGCCAGACAAGACCUGCCUCCAGGGCGGGCAAUCGUGACCAGGCCAAUGUGGUGAAUAAAAACGUUGAAUAUAAACCCGCGGGGAAGGGCGGAAUUAACAAAGUUCGAGGGUCGAAAUCUGCGACUAUUGAAAAACCCAAAAAUGGGCUUCCGAUUGUUCGCGAAAUAAAUUCACCAACAGGAGAAAUUGAUGAGCUCCAACUGAAAGUGAGAUCGUUGAAUGGUGGUACAGUUUAUCUGGUGCACGUAUCAGCGGACGAUAGUGUCUCUCGGCUUUACCAGCUGUUGGAUAAAGUGGUGCUGAACUCGAGGAGGCGAUUAAAGACGAGUUACAAGAUUGUUGUCAGUGGAUAUGCUCCCAGGAGGCUCGAUCAUCCGGGAGUCUCUCUCAGGGAUUACGGAAUUUACCGGAACUGUGUUCUUCAUCUCGUUAAUGAUUAA